UGCCGUGCCUGUAGGCCUGUCACCGGGAGAGCUUUUCUCUUAAUUGUGCUGUGAGAGGGAAGAGGGAAACGAACUUUGAUUCACCGCGAGGGUCUGUUCAAAUUAUGGUCACUGGGCGCACAUGGAUUCUGUAGAACUUUCCCUGCCUGAGUUCUUCUCCUUCCACUCUGAACAAGAGCUGCUCUGCAGGAUGUCAAGCAAGGACCGGCGCAUCGAGUCCAGUUGCCCCUCCUACAUCAAGACAGAACCAUCCAGCCCCGCCUCCCUCACCGACAGCGUGAACCACCACAGCCCCGGCGGGUCGUCGGACGCCAGUGGCAGCUACAGCUCGGCCACGAACGGCCACCCCAACGGCCUGGACUCACCCACGCUGUAUGGGCCGGCAGGCGGCCUAGGCCAAAACGUGGCCGGGGCCGCCAAGCGCUACGAGGACUGCUCCAGCACCAUGGCUGAAGACUCACAGAUCAAGUGCGAGUACAUGCUCAACUCCAUGCCCAAACGUCUGUGCCUGGUGUGCGGUGACGUGGCAUCUGGCUACCACUAUGGAGUGGCCUCCUGUGAAGCCUGCAAGGCCUUCUUCAAGAGAACCAUUCAAGGAAACAUCGAGUACAGCUGCCCGGCCACCAACGAGUGUGAGAUCACCAAGCGGAGACGGAAGUCCUGCCAGGCGUGCCGCUUCAUGAAGUGUCUGACCGUAGGCAUGCUGCGAGAAGGUGUCCGGCUCGAUAGGGUGCGUGGCGGCAGGCAGAAGUACAAGCGCCGGAUAGAUGCGGAAAACAGCCCCUACCUGAACCCGCAGCUGGCCCUGCCCCCUAAGAAACCAUACAACAAGGUGGUGUCUCACCUGCUGGUAGCAGAGCCGGAAAAGAUCUACGCCAUGCCCGACCCCACCGUUCCAGACAGCGACAUCAAGGCGCUGACGACGCUCUGUGACCUGGCUGACCGUGAGCUUGUGGUCAACAUCGGCUGGGCCAAACACAUCCCAGGAUUCUCCACGCUCUCUCUGGCAGACCAGAUGAGUCUACUGCAGAGCGCUUGGAUGGAGAUCUUGAUCCUGCGGGUGGUGUAUCGCUCAUUGCCUUUCGAGGACAAGUUGGUCUAUGCUGAAGAUUACAUCAUGGACGAGGACCAGUCCAAACUUGCUGGUUUGCUGGACCUCAACAACGCCAUCCUGCAGUUGGUGAAGAAAUACAAGAGCAUGAAGUUGGAGAAGGAGGAGUUCGUAACCCUCAAAGCAAUUGCGCUCGCUAAUUCAGACUCCAUGCACAUAGAAGACGUGGACGCGGUGCAGAAGCUCCAGGACGUGUUGCACGAGGCCCUACAGGACUACGAGGCAGGGCAGCAUGCGGAAGACCCACGGCGGGCCGGCAAGCUCAUCAUGACCCUGCCCCUCCUCCGGCAGACCGCCGCUAAGGCCGUGCAGCACUUCUACAGCAUCAAGCAGGACGGAAAGGUGCCUAUGCACAAACUCUUCCUGGAGCUUCUGGAAGCCAAGGUCUGACGGCCUCCCCCUCCGUCUUCCCCUCCGUCUUCCCCCCCAGCGGGGAGAGGCAGAGCGGGAUGACCAGGCUCUGCGCUCGAGAUUUUCCUCACAAGGAGGGUGCUGGCUUUCUCCAUCGCCACUGGAAGCUACGAAAAAUAACACGGGGGAAUCGGUAAUAACAUCACACGGCAUUCACGACAACUCUCUAACGCAUCUCUAACACGUAAAUGACGAGGGUGAACCACGGCCGGCCCGCGCCGCGCCGACAGUUCUGCGGCGAGAAUGUGAAGCGGCUUUUCCAGCUUGCUGUUCCUGAGUUUCCGGCGCGGCUCUUGCGCAGCCGAACCCGGUCCGUUUUCCUUUCUUUCUUUCUUUCUUUUUUUUUUUUCUCUUUCUCUCUUUCCUCGUUUUUCCAAAUAAAAUCCCGAAGCAGAACAGAGGACAAAAGCCAGCCCUGCCAAAGAAUGGAGGUCCAUUCAGUGGAUGCCAGCAAAACAUGAAUUAUUACACACAUUUCAGUGCAUCUCCCCUGUAAGGAAGGAAUCAAAGUGAAACGUUACCCUUUGCAGUACAGUCUGGCACGUCGCGUUGACUGAAUGCAGUAUUAGAUUCUAGAGGCGCCGUUCGGAAAAACUGGUGGGCAAACAGAUGUUUGAAUUAACUGCUUCUCACGGCAGCCUUUCCAUUCAAAUAUUUCAGUCUGUUUGAUUUCUUAGAGCUUUCCUUUUACGUCUUCCGAGUAAUUCUUUUUAUAUAAAUACAAAUAUAUAUAAUUUUUUGGUGACCUUUUCAGGGAAAGUGGAAGCUUUACUCAUCCUUGCAAUACGAAAAGUUUUAUUUACGGUUUGAGCAUUUCUCUUUGUGUAGAUGAAAAUAGCGGUGAGGAACAAAAAAGGACUAUUUAAAAGGGAGACAUUUGUGAUUUUUUAAUAUUUUUUGUAUGAUUAAUUGACCUUCUGUAUCGUCUUUGCCACUUCCAGCCACUGUAUUAAUCAGUUGUGAGAAACCUAAUCCUCUGCAAGCAAUAGUCAUCUCUGAAAAGGUGCACACGAACACAUAUGCAAUUUACGUUUUUGUCAAGCUUGGUCCAAAUAUGUUUUUCGCUCUGAUAUAAUUUAGGUAUUUUCCUUGCCAUUUUCUACUAGAUUCUGCCGAGAGUACUUAGGUGUGGAAUGCAGCAAAAAAGUUAGCUUAAGCAAGAUGAUUAAAUAUGAAUUAUGCAUCAUUCAUAUCUUCAAUAACAUAUUGACCUCUCAACAACAGUAUAUUUUUAUUGCUAUUGUUAAGGAAAUAAUGCCUACGAAGUUCAGGAUAUGGGCUGUCGGGUCAAUGUUUCCUCUGUUUUUUGAACCUUUAACGUUAAGAUCGCAGUAAAAUCUAAGUAAAGGGUAUAACCUGAUAGAAAUGGCACCUGCUACCCUCUCCUGGGGUCAUUCCAGUCUAUAGUCUAAACAUGUAAAUCUAAAAUUACCGUAGUGUAUAUUAUUUUCUAAAAAAAAAAUAUAUAAAUAUUAG